CGAUCGUUCGCCUGCCGAUCGUCUACGCUUCCCCCGAGAGCCCACCUCGAGACGCGCAGCGUUGAUCGCGCGAAACGCACACGGGCGUGAUGAGAGGAGUCGCAACGGCGUCGCGGCGUCUCGCGUAAAAUGGGAGCUCGCGUUAGCCAAGUUGAGCGAGGUAGGCCAGCUUCGUCGCGACGCGCAAACCCGUGCGUGCGAGCGGCGAUACUGUGAAAUUGAGAGGAAGAAGAAGAGGAGCUACUGCUCGUGCUGCGACGUUCCGAGAGGAGGAAGGAGGAAGAAAGUGGGAAAGAAGAAAGAGAGAGAGAGAGAGAAAGCAAGAGAGAAAUACACAGUGUGCGUGUGUGUAUGUAUGCGAGAGGGGGCAGAAAGGACAGAGGCGGCGAAGCGGGGACGGAGAUAAACAGAUAGAUAGAAGAGUCUGGCGACGAAGGAGAGGAGAGUGCGGCCGCAAGAGAGCGAACAUCAUCGUCCUCUGGAACAUCGCGCUGCCUCACGGCGACACUAACCUCCGUCGUCGUCGGUCGCUUGCUCACUCGUCGAUCGACGUUCGUUCGCUCUCUCUCUCUCUCUUUCUCUCUCUCACUCAUUCUCGUUCGUUCGUUCAUUCGUCCGUCGGUCCGUCCGUCCUUCGCGGUGAUCUGUCAUCAAUUGGAGAACGAGAAGGCGCGUUCCCUCGGUCGGCCGUUCGAUCGUACGGAAUGCCGCCGCCGCCGUCGUCGCCGUCGCUGCGUUACGCUAAAAAUAUGCGGCAGUAAGGCAACCCGCGAACGGCGGCGGAGCACCGUGUCCGUGGCAGCGAAGCGGCUGUGUCGGCUGCGUGCUAGGUCGCACCCGGAGCCGGUGCCGUAUUAGGAGGAGAAGGAGGCCGAGGAAGACGAAGAGGAACGACAGGGGGAAGGGGGAGUCCGUUCGCCGACGACGACGGCGAAAAGGUGAUCGUCUUCCUCGUAGAUCGAGACCCACCGUUGAAAGGACCCAUCAAGGAAAAUGGCGGACCUCGAGGCGGUGUUGGCCGACGUCAGCUACCUGAUGGCCAUGGAGAAGAGCAAGUGCACGCCAGCCGCCCGUGCCAGCAAGAAGAUCGUCUUGCCGGAUCCUAGCGUGCGGAGCGUGAUGCACAAGUAUCUGGAGAAGAAGAACGAAGUGAACUUCGACAAAAUAUUUAAUCAAAUGUUAGGUUACCUUUUAUUCAAAGACUUCUGCGAGACUGUAGCGGAGGAUCCGAUUCCGCAACUUAGGUUUUACGAAGAGAUCAAAGCGUACGAGAAGCUCGAGUGUCCGGAGGACAGGAGAAAACUCGCCAGGGAGAUUUACGACAACUACAUUAUGAAGGAGUUGCUGGCGCAUUCUCACGAAUACUCGCAGGAGGCGGUGUCACAUGUGCACAAAUAUCUAAUGAAAAACGAAGUUCCAGUCAACCUGUUCGAGCCGUACAUUGAGGAAAUUUUCAAUCACCUGCGAGGGGAGCCGUUUAAGAAAUUUUUGGAAAGGUAUACACAUAACGGUGUUCAAAACACCGACCGGCAAGAUACGCGUAAUUCGGCGCCGAUUUACACCGAAGUACGCGCGAGUCGAUGUGACGUCUGUGUGUCUAAAAAAAAAUGUUCCUAUGUUUCUAGCGACAAGUACACCCGAUUCUGUCAGUGGAAGAACCUCGAGCUGAAUAUUCAGCUGACGAUGAGCGACUUCAGCGUGCACCGGAUAAUAGGAAGGGGCGGCUUCGGCGAGGUGUACGGUUGCCGGAAAGCAGACACCGGCAAGAUGUACGCCAUGAAAUGCCUGGACAAGAAACGCAUCAAGAUGAAGCAGGGUGAAACGUUAGCGCUUAACGAGAGGAUAAUGCUCUCGCUAGUCAGCACCGGGAUGGACUGCCCGUUCAUAGUGUGCAUGACGUACGCCUUUCACACGGCCGACAAGCUGUGCUUCAUACUGGACCUGAUGAACGGCGGCGACCUGCACUACCACCUGAGCCAGCACGGGGUCUUCAACGAGCCGGAGAUGAAGUUCUACGCCGCGGAGGUGAUAUUAGGCCUCGAGCACAUGCACCGCAGGUACAUCGUCUAUCGCGACCUGAAACCGGCGAACAUACUCCUGGACGAGCACGGCCACGUGAGGAUAUCGGACCUCGGAUUGGCCUGCGAUUUCUCCAAGAAGAAGCCCCAUGCGAGCGUCGGCACGCACGGAUACAUGGCGCCGGAGGUGCUCUCGAAGGGCACCGCGUACGACUCGAGCGCGGACUGGUUCUCGUUCGGCUGUAUGCUGUACAAGCUGCUGAAAGGACACAGCCCGUUCAGGCAACACAAGACCAAGGACAAGCACGAGAUCGAUCGUAUGACGUUGACCAUGAACGUGGAGCUGCCGGAGACGUUCUCUCGGGAAUUGCGUUCGCUACUGGAGGGCCUGCUUCAACGGGACAUCAACAAUCGGCUCGGCUGCCGCGGGAACGGCGCGGACGAGCUGAAGGAGCACCCGUUCUUCGGCGGCAUCGACUGGCAGCAGGUGUACCUGCAGAAGUACACGCCGCCCCUGAUCCCGCCGCGCGGCGAAGUAAACGCUGCGGACGCCUUCGACAUCGGCUCGUUCGACGAGGAGGACACCAAGGGCAUCAAGCUGACCGACGCCGAUCAGGAUCUGUACAAAAACUUUCCUCUGGUCAUCUCGGAGAGAUGGCAGGCUGAAGUGGCCGAGACUGUGUUCGAGACAAUCAAUAACGAGGCCGACAAGCUGGAAAAUAAGAAGAAGGCGAAGCAGAAGCAGCACUUUGACGCGGAUGAAAAGGGUUCGGAUUGUAUAUUGCACGGUUACAUAAGGAAAUUAGGAGGCCCGUUCGCGAGCACAUGGCAGACGCGCUACGCGAAACUCUAUCCGAAUCGGUUAGAGUUACACCCGGAGUCCGCGACCAAGCCCGAGCUCGUGUUUCUCGACCAGGUCGAGGAAGUCGGGGCGGACCUCCAGCACGUGAAGGGCGAACAGUGCAUCGUAGUACGUACGAGAGACGCGAAGAUCGUACUUACAAACGCCGACGAGAUAAGCUUGAAGGAAUGGGCGCUCUCGUUAAGAUCGGCGCACAAAUGCUCAAUGGAGAUGCUCGGCAAUAUGGCGAGGAAAGCGGGCAAGAUCUACGGGACUGAGCGGGACCCCGUGAUCCCGGCGACGCAGCGAUCCACGAACGGCAACUAGCCCAUCGUCGGUGUCAAGUGCGACGCACCGUCAUACUCCACCAGUCCCACUGCCCCGCAGCAGCGACAGCAACAACUUUUUUUAUACUAAACGGGUGUAACGGAGGAGAGCAGCGCGCACGAUGGGAGAGAAGCAUUUGAAGGCAGGGCGAAUAUCUCUCCGUCGUAAACGCGGCAAGGCGGCCCGCCCCCUACACUCCCCCUCUCCCGCCCCCUUCCGCGGAGGAAGCAGCAUCGACUCGCCGCUCAGCGACGCGCAAGCGGAUGACGGUGGUCCCUCUCUCUCUCUUGGCACAGACUCGAAGACGCGUGAGAAACGUCCCGUGGAGGAAGUCCCGUUGUGUGUACGGCGGAUAGCGCUGCGCUGUAUCAUAGAGACUUUAGCCAAGUAGUGUUGUAUCGUACAUCGUGCGUACAUGUACGUUCCCAGGGCCACGAGCAGGUAGGCGCGCGCGAACGAGCGUGUGCCCACGCAAACAACAUAUACACAUUCUCUCACACACACACACACACACACACGUACACACAGGAACACACAUCCAACCCGCGGCUCUUCUGGUCACUGGCGCGGCUGCCCGCGCGUAGGCAUCGUUAUAUUUGUACGUUAGCUGUAUGUGCAAUUUGACGUAGCGACUAGCAGCGACCGAGCCCCGAGAAGAGAAGCCCGGCGACGUGAUCGGGCGACGGACAAAAAUUCAAUAUGGGCACGGUGAACACAUCACGGUGAGACACCCGGUAGCGUAUUAUUCUGGUGAUGUUGUACCAGCACCGCGUGGAUCCCAGCAGAUGGGGUGUGCCAGCGGCGGGGGCGGGAAAGUCGUCGAGCUUCUUCUCGGUUUCAAUGCAGCUCGGAACGGUGGUGUGUCCAGUGAGAGAACGAGUUUUCUCGAGAAACAAGUUCUCGAUCAUCGGUCGUCGUGUUUCGAGCCGCGUUUCGGAAGAAGAAAGUCGCGACGGCCUUUCCGUCCAUGACCGUACGCUCGUCGACCGCGCAACGGUUCUUCGCGCGCGCGCGUUCCCUCCGGACGGAGGUGGGAACGCGUCGGACGGUCGGACGAUUGCGAGGGCUACUCCUGGGCUCUCGCGUGUGUAAUCGGUAAUCGUUGUGACGGUGGGCGAAUGACAGUACACGAUGUAAAUAGAGCGCCGCCUCCUUUCAUUAUACUCUUAUCUCAGGUUUCACCUGAGAUAAAAAUAUACUUGCGUUUUUCUCGAAUCCUCUGCUGCACCCGUGACGUCGGAUGUGUGUCUCGUAUGCCGUCACUUCGGCU